GCGAGCGGACGUCUAUCGCGUCGCGUACAUCAUUCAAAAAUCGUUAACGUCGUCGUAACUAAUCACGCGUUGAUAAUAAAUUAAAAUUAAUCGAAGUGCAAUCGUGACUUUAAAAAUCGUGCUAUACGUGUUUCGUGAGUGGAUAUGUUCUGAGGGAUACAUUUCGAUAUUUCCGAGUUGUAUUUGGAAAUCCUGACCGAUGAUGGGCGUUAGUAGCUGCAUGAGCAUGCGGCAGGUCCGCACUGGCUGCCACUGCCCCGCCUGCCCCAGGGCUUCGGGCCACGGCCUCCAGGUGCCGCCACAAACCCUCGUGCUGCCCCCGAUGGCACUGGAGCCGGAAACCACCCCAGUGAAGGACAAAAAGGGAUCCAAGAUGAAGGUCCUCAAGAAAAUUAAAAGGAAAAUUGGUUUAGCUCCCCGCACGUCGUGCACCGGCGGUGCGCCCAACAAUCUUCCGCCGCUCAGCUUCCACGCCGUGCACGGUGAGAACGUGCGCGUGUCGCGCGACGGUAGCACCGCCCGUCGCGUCGAGUCCUUCUGCAAGGGUGUGGCAUUCAGCGCGCGCCCCGUGCGCGUCAACGAGAAGGUUUGCAUCCGGUUCGUGGAGAUAUCGAACAGCUGGAGCGGCGUCAUCCGCUUCGGCUUCACCACCAACGACCCCACCGGCCUGGCGCACGCGCUGCCCAAGUACGCGUGCCCCGACCUCACCAACAAGCCGGGCAACUGGGCCAAAGCGCUCGGCGAGCGCUUCUGCGAGAAGGACAACGUGCUGCACUACAGCGUGAACUCGGCCGGCGACGUGCACUUCGGCGUCAACGGCGAGGACAAGGGGCUGUUCUUCUCGGGCGUGGACACGCGCAGUCCGCUGUGGGCGCUCGUGGACGUGUACGGCAACUGCACGGCCGUGGCCUUCGCCGACCCGCGCGCGCCGCGCCGCGACCCCGACGCGCUGCUGCGCGGCCUGCGCGCGCUCAGCGUGGCCGACCCGCCCCCGCGCGCCGACCUGCCCGCGCCGCGCCACGCGCUGCCGCUGGCGCCGCUGCCGCUGCACCGCACCCGCGGCCGCAACGUGUGCGAGGCCAACGAGCGCGGCGAGGCGGCGCGCGCCGACGCCGAGUUCUGCCAGGGCUACGUGUUCUCGGCGCGCCCGCUGCGGCCCGGCCAGACCGUGGUGGUGCAGAUCCUGGCCACGGACGAGUCGGCGUGCGCCUUCGCGGGCAGCCUGGCCGUCGGGCUCACGUCCUGCGACCCGGCGGCGCUGCGGCCCGGCGAGCUGCCCGACGACGCCGAGCAGCUGCUGGACCGGCCCGAGUACUGGGUGGUGAAGCGCGACGCGGCCGACGGCUUGCGGCGCGGCGACGAGCUCGCCGUCACGCUCACGCCGGACGGCGAGGUGCGCGUGAGCCGCAACGGCGCCGCGCCCGCGCCCGCCAUGCACGUGGACCACUCGCUGCGCCUGUGGGCCUUCGUGGACAUCUACGGCGCCACCACGCGCGUGCGGCUGUGGCGCUCGCAGGCGCCGUCGCCGCCGCCGCUGCGACUGUGCGCGCCGGGCGCCGUGCUGGUGGUGAGUCUGCCGCCCUCGCACUACGACACCCGCGCGGCGCCCGCCGGCCCGCCGCCCGCGCACUACGAGCCCCGCGCGGCUCCGACCGGCCCGCCGCCCUCGCACUACGAGGCCCGCGCGGCGCCCGCCUGCCCGCCGCCGGCGCCGUACGAGCCGCGCGCGGCGCCCGCCGGGCCGCCGGCGCCCUACUCGGCGCCCGCCGGGCCGCCGGCGCCCUACUCGGCGCGCGCCGCCGGCCGAAGCGCCGAGGCGUGCGCGUCCAGCAGCCAGAACUCGUGCAACGAGCAGCUGGCGCCGGGCGAGCGGCGCGCGGGCGCGGAGUGCACCAUCUGCUACGAGCAGCCGGUGGACAGCGUGCUGUACAUGUGCGGCCACAUGUGCAUGUGCUACCGCUGCGCCGUGCAGCAGUGGCGCGGCAAGGGCGGCGGCCAGUGCCCGCUGUGCCGCGCGCAGAUCAAGGACGUCAUCCGCACCUACAAGUCGUGAAGCGCGCGCGCCCCCGCGGCCCAGCGCCGAGCGGCCGAAGCGGGUCUUUAGCUCCUCAGCAUUUAGGCGGUGGCGACGGAGAAGUUAUGAGUGAUGGGUAAUUUCGCCCCGCUCAGUGGGCUAUCACUGUCAAACUCGAGGACUUGUUGAUUACAUUGAGGCAAGGUAAAUUUCGACCGAUGACGAGAGGCGGCUUCGGGCGAGUCUUGUGAUUGGUUACGAGUCGACCGCAUAUGAUCACGGUCUUAACCUUGCCGCCGAAGAUCCUUUGACAGCAGUACAUGUAAACGUGUAAAACAAAGUGAUGUAAUUUUUGACAGUGACAGAUCAGUUCGGGAACUGCGUAUGAGUGAAUGCAACUUAUUUGAAUGGAAACGAAACUUAGCUUAAGAUUAUAAAUAUGCCAAAAAUACAUUCGGAAGCGGAUUACAUUGACGUUAAAUAAUAUAAUACUUGGUAGUAGCGAAUAGAGUUUGUAAAUAGUAGUUAACUUUAAUCGUGGUUAAUUUUAACUGUACAAAGUGAAAACUCCACCAUUUAAUUUAAUUUUGGAAUCGAUGAGGGCGGCUUAGACCACGCUACCGCGACACUUGUUGACAGAAUAUCUAAAGCGCACUAAACACUGGUGAAGUGUUUGAAGUGCGAUUUUGGGCGUAGCGUGUUAUAAGUGUGUAAUAUGGGCUGUUAUACGUAGAAUUAUUGACACUUAUUGUAAUAUAUCGUGCGUUGGAAUGAGUAUAGCAAUAAUAUAUAACGCGUAUAUUUAGUUUACGAAGGCGAACUUGGAUAUAGUGCUUUUAAUUUAAAAUACACUGAAAAAGGCGGGUACUCGCCACGCCACGUAAAGCCAACACGAAGUCUUAAUCAAAUUUUAAUAGUUCCGAAUUAACGCAAAGAGAUUAAUUAGUCUAAAAAUACUAUAAGAUUUCAUUUGUCUCAACAAAAGUGGCGUGUCAUGUUACUCAUGGCUUUAUCGUGUGUAAUAUUUAUCUAUGAUUUCAUUAUUCCUUUCAAAUAUUGAUGCUUAACAAUUCAUAUGAAAACUUGACAAUAGAUAACUAUAUUUUGUGACUUGGAGAUCGCUGUAACAUUAAUUUUAAACCAUAGUGCUAUGAUAGAAACGACCUCAGAACUUUUCAACGAUAGUGGAAAGAAAUAAUUAAAGUAUUACAUACAAAUAUAUAAUUAGAAAGACAUAUACGUAUCCUCCAUAAUUAUUAUGUGUACCAAUUAAUUGUAAUUAUAUGUAUUUUGUAACCUGACUGUAGUUUUUAAGUUAAAUAAAAAGCUGUCAAAAUUUGUCAAUUAGUACGGACGACUGAAUGUCUUGACAGUUUAAUGCCAACUCUAAUGACGUAGUAACAUAUGUGUUUCUGGUUCUGUGUGACAUUGAAGUAGCACCAAUUUAGACGACUGUCCAUUCUUGACUUUUUCAAAUUAUAAAAUUAGAUUGUUUUUAAAACCAUUGCGCAAAUAAUAUUUAUUUUGCAAAUCCCUUGUGCAGUAUGGCCGUAUACAUAUGUAGGAACCUGUUGUGAUAUAUGAUGCAAAUAACCCAAAGCUUGUUGAGAUUCCCAUACUCCUGUCUUGCGUUUUUGUCCAGCAACUCGCUGUCCGUCCAUUGGUUAUCUUUGCAUCUUUCCAUCUUCUGCUGCACUGAUGCUGUUUUCCAGUCCGGGAACGGCUCCAAAACCUUUGGUCCUUUUUGCAGCUCAUUUAGUUGUACCUGAAACUUGGAUUGUUUUAUAGAUUUAUAUUUUAUCACGUACUCACGUACUGUAUGGCUUAGCUUUCAUAUAAAUUUGUUUGUAAACAACGAAAUUUCUUUAAAUAACUUUCAAGAAGUAUAAUUUUAAUGCCACAUAGAAUCAGUGCUGAUCGAAUAUUGACAUGUAACGUAUACCAUGAUAGGAAUUAUAAUUGAGUUGUCAUUAUAUUGUGACAGUUGAUGUAAGAGACGCGAAACUGUAAUGCGAGUAGUAUCUGCUAGGUGUUGAUAUAAGCGCUAGUGUUCCUAAGGUAUCCAUAUUUGUAGGACUGGCCGUGUAGAAGUGAUUGCAGGAUUUAUCCCACUUCUGAUAUGAAUAAUUCUGUAUAUGUUUAUCUGUAUUAAGUCAUAUACACUCAAUAAACUCAAACUGUUUGAACAAUAUCUUAUCAGAUUUUGAUAAGAUUUUAAACUUAAAAUCUAUCUAGAUAUUUUGAAACAUGAAAACUGCAUUUAAACAUUAAAUAACAAUAAUAUUAUAAUUGUACUAAAAUGUAUCUAUAAAUUAUAAGAUGAAUCGUGCAAUCCGUUAUGUAUGUAUAUGACAUUAGGCUGCAAAAUCCGAACGUCCAGGUGAAAAGAGAUAGAUAUACACAAUCGGUGAUAGUUCGUAAUGCAUUUAAUAUUAACUUAUUAAAAAUAUAUUUGUUUUCUAUGCGACGCGAAGUGUGAACAACGAUCAGAAACAUAUUAUAAUGUGUAAUUUCGUGUACCUUUCAAGCAUAACAUGAUAAAUUAUGGUUUAUUCUGGUACACAUACCAACCAAUCGGUUGAUUCACCAAUACCUGUUUAAGGCCUCAGUUUUGAGUUUUAUGUUAUAGGACCAAAAGCAUAAUUUUCCAUAUUUUUUCCAGCUUAGUAGUAGCUUGACACUCGACAUAUCUAUGAUUUGUAUGAAGUUAC